AUGCGGUUCAGUUUGUCGCGAGCCACUGUCGGUGUCGCACGCGGCGCUAUGUUCCGCGCGGUUUCAGUUGGCUGGAAGCGAUAUUGGUGGGGUACAGGAAUAUUACCAGACAGAACAAACCGAGUAGAAGACAUCUACCUCAGAUUUUACAAUGGAAAUUCAUUCGAAGAAUACGUUGAUUUACCGCUCAAUCAAGCUUUCCGUCUUCUGGAUAUCAAAGGCUUCGACAACAACAAUCCAACCGUCCUUUACAUUCAUGGCUUUAUAGAAACUGCCCAACAAGAAAGUGUUCAGGUCAUGGUGAACGCGUACUUAGAAGCAAGGCCGGGCACGAACGUAGUGUUGCUUGAUUGGUCAAAUAUGUCUCAUGGCUCUUAUUUAGUUAACGCUGCCAGAAAUACCAAGAAAGUAGGAGCUGCCUCGGCGGAGCAAAUAAACAAGCUUAUUGAAGACGGCUUACAAAUAGAUAAGUUCCAAGUAAUAGGACAUUCUCUCGGAAGCCACGUAGCCGGCUACUUAGCGAGGGACUUAAAAAACAAAUACAAUAAAAUUGUGAAAAGACUGACAGCUCUCGAUCCAGCAUUCCCGGCAUUUUAUCCAGAUGGCGUAGUAAUGGAACACGUCACAGAUAAAGAUGCUGAGUUUGUAGAUGUGAUACACACAGAUGCAGGCGGAUACGGCGCUCCAGUUCGCACUGGAACGGCCGAUUUCUGGCCUAAUGGGGGAAAAAGUAUACAGCCGGGUUGUCCACGGUUUGCACCUGUUCCCCUUUCAGACGACAAUUUAUGCAGUCAUUGGCGAUCAUGGAGGUUUUACGCAGAGUCUGUUCGGAACCCAGAAGCCUUUCCAGCGUCACCUGCUGAAUCUUACCAUAAAUUUAGAGACAAUCCGACCCCAGAAAUUGGAAUGGUGUAUAUGGGAGCUAACUGUGAUACUAAUGCCAGAGGAUCUUAUUAUUUGACGACAAAUUCGGAAUCUCCCUUUGGCAAAGGAAUGGACGGUCUUCGCCCUAAAAGCAAAAGUAACAAAAAUAAAAAA